UCCCAGAGGCCCUUUUCCAAGGCCGGAGCCUGGACCCGAAACCGUCCGCGGGCGGCUGGCUCGCUCAGCAGGGCGCGGCCCCCCGCGCCACCCGGCUCGCCCCGAAGAGCCGCGCUUGGGCGGCGGUGACACACACGAGCCAGCGGGUGGUCAUGGCCUUGGAGUGACAGAGCCUCCCGGGCGGCUGGGCGGGUGCGGACGGCCGGGCCGGACGUCUCUCGCUUGGAGCCGGGACCCAGAGAUCCGCCCGGGCAGCAGUGACGGGUGCGGAGCCCGCAGGCCUGGGCUGGCUCGCCAGCGGCGCUAGCAGGAAGCGGGGACCCUGGGCCCCUUUGUGUGAAGGCUGUCGGGCAGCCCCAGGCUCUGAGGACAGCCGCCCGCCUUGCCGCCGCCCCCACCCCUUCCCUUCUAGGGGUGCGCUGAUUCUCCCCACCCUCGAUCGCCCUCUCCCUGGCUCGCCCUCCUCCCCACGCCCCCUGCCUGGGCUUCACUUCCUAUAGGAAGGGCAUUACCAUCCCAUCCCCACCCACCCCCGACACUUAGCUCUUUCCCCUCCCCCUCCUGUAACUUCCUCUUCUUCCCCGCUCGGGCCCUCGGCUCCUCUGCACUCUCCUCCCCAGUUCGCAGAUUUCCGCCCACCUUCCGCCUAGCCGCGCCGCAGCUAGCGGGGUGUUGUUUCCCUCCCCCUCGGGUAGGAGUUGGUGUAGGUGAGCCUCAUGAGGGAAUACAAGGUAGUGGUGUUAGGGAGCGGAGGGGUUGGCAAAUCUGCCCUGACCGUGCAGUUUGUCACUGGGACUUUCAUUGAGAAAUAUGACCCCACCAUUGAAGAUUUCUACCGCAAAGAGAUCGAAGUGGACUGUUCGCCCUCUGUGCUGGAAAUUCUGGACACCGCAGGAACUGAGCAGUUUGCCUCCAUGAGAGACCUCUACAUCAAAAACGGCCAAGGCUUCAUCCUGGUGUAUAGUCUGGUUAAUCAACAGUCUUUUCAGGAUAUCAAGCCGAUGAGAGAUCAGAUUGUCAGAGUGAAGAGAUAUGAAAAAGUCCCACUAAUCCUAGUAGGAAAUAAAGUGGAUCUGGAACCAGAAAGAGAGGUUAUGUCUUCAGAAGGCAGAGCUCUUGCUCAAGAAUGGGGAUGCCCUUUCAUGGAGACAUCGGCAAAAAGUAAAUCAAUGGUGGAUGAACUUUUUGCUGAGAUCGUCAGACAAAUGAACUAUUCGUCCCUGCCUGAGAAGCAAGAUCAGUGUUGUACAACUUGCGUUGUCCAGUAAGAAAAAGAUAACCUCAAUCAUGGCCAUACCGAGCAGAUAAAACUCAGAGGAAAUUUGCACAGAUGCUGCUUUGGAGAACUUUACAACCUGGGUUGCAGAACUGAGCCUUGGUAAACCUGUCUCUAUUACAGCAUGUUGCCAUACAUCGAAUUAAGUGCAUAAGGUCUUUGGCCGUCAAGAUCCAACGACCUUCAACAGGAAUGCUUAGCACGUUUACCAUACGUUUCAAAAUCUGUUCUUUAUCAGUCCUUUUAUAGCUUUCUAAGUUCUUAUUGAUGGCUAAUAUGCAAGGGUUAAUUUUUAAUAUUUUCAUUGAUUUCUUUAAUCAGUUUCUCAACUUAUAUUUAUUACUCAAAACUCAGUAUUACCUACUCAAUGCCUUUUAAAAGAAAGUUAUAAAUGGAGAAAAAAUUGAGCCUUAAACAAAUGGUUACUUCUGUAUAUUACCUCGUACCAGUGCUUCAUUCUAUUUGUAAAAUCUUUCUCCUUUAAAUGGUCGGUUAAUACUUUGAGACUUUGUUUACAUGUGGCAGUGUUGUAAAAAGAAACUAAAGAUCACAUUGCAUCUAUAUGGAUGGAAUAUCCCUUUUCUUCAAGUGCGGCUUGUGAUGUGUUUUUGUACUUAACAUGUUCUGUAUUUGCAAUUGACUGUAGAGCAUUUAGUUGAACAGUUAAGUGUUCAAUUCCAUUAGGUUUUCACAUGUGUUAAUCUCAUUUACAGCAUUGAAUUGCAGCAGUAACAUUUUCCUUUCUGUGAAGUUCUAAAUUUAGUUAUGACCUACUUAGCAAUGCCUUUGAAAAGGGAUAUUGUAUCCAUGGUAAAUUAAUUGUAUACCUAAACAGAGAUAGCUCAGCUUUGCCUGUCAGGCUUGUAAGUGACAUCCAGUAGACUUCUGCACAUGUAAAAUUGAUUCGAAUAAAAUCAUGUACACUUUCUAGCUCUUAAUAUUUUGUCUUUCUGAAUAAUAGUUUAAAGCAAUAUUUGUUAAAGUUUUCUUGCACUAUCACAAUUGCUUUUUUAGUUAUUUUCUCCAGAAGCAUGUUCGUAGUAGAGACAAAAUCUGUGUAACAGGAGGGAGAAUAGCACCAAGUCUCUGGGCUAAUAUAUUUUAUUUUUGCAAAUGUGCUUUCUAAUAGCCAUUGCCUUCCAUGUUGUUUACCUAAUCAGCACAUUUUGUCUGAAUACUUGAACAUUUAACCGUAACACAGGUAUAGAAACAGAAAAGAAAUUUAUAAAGACGAAUCUUUGGUUCAGUUUUAACAUCAUGACAACAAGCGCUUUUCCUAGCAAUGAUUUUUAAAUGGUGUCAGCUUGACAGUAUUUUGUUCCUUGGCUUUUAUUUGGUUUUAGUCGUGUGCUUUUAAUUUGCAGAAGUUAGUAACUGCAGCUCACCUACUGCACCAAAGUUCUCGAUUUUAGGAGCCCAGCUUUAGUCAUUUGAACAUGCUUCUAAAUAAAACAACAAACCAAAACCAUGCUUUUGAUCUAUAAUAAUAGCUCAAUAAUGUUGUCAAGGAAAGCCCUAAUAUAUGCAGUGAUGGUUUACGGAAGGGUGUGGCAAUUUUAAAUUUCUAUUGUGUGUGAUGUUCAAAUAAAGUGAUAUCUACAUUCAUGUGAUUUAUUGGUCAACAUGACCAUUAAUUAUUGAGUAGAAAUUGAUUAAACUUUGAUUUCCUUUUUUUAAAUCGUGUUGCAUUUGAUUCCUGAUCAGAUUCCCACAUCGUAAACUGUUGCUCUUAAAUUUUGAAUUUUAUGGUGAAAAUUGUAAGGGUGAGGCAAUUGAAACAUUGUGCUUUGUUUAUAAACUGCUUGAAACGAAUCUGUAAUUUAAGUUUGCACCUUAAUACCAAACUUAAAAAACCAAACACUCAUUUCAAAGUAGGUUAAGUAAUUAUGGUUCAUCUUGAUUAGCUUUGUCAAAAUCUAAAGGAAUCAAAUAAUUCAUGAUUAAAUUUUCUGCAGCUUGCUUUUGCAUUGUUUCUUUCCUAUGGAUCUCCCUCUUUUCUCCCUCCCUUUCCCUCUUCCCCUACCUGUGUGUCUCCCUCUCUCGCUCUCUCCUCCAUGUCUGUCUCUCUUUCUUCUUCUCCUUCUCCUUGUCCUCCACCCCUCAAAUACAGUGUUCAUUGUCAUUGACCUCAGCAGCAAAUUUAACUUGAAUUUAUCUAGGAUCACAGGAAUCAGGGGAAAGUGAUUUUAAUGAUGGUUUCUCCAGCACAUUUUAAGAAAAGGGACCAAAAGUUAUUUUAGCUUCCUCAAUAGAUUGCAUGUUGCUUAUUAGGAUAAUAAAUUAAAUAUUAAAUGCAAUAUAUGUCUUGUCUUUACUAUGGCAUCUGUUUAGGAGUUGUUCAAAUCACUGCAGUAGGGCUCUGCAAAUAAAAUCAUGUAACCUAUUAUCCUGGAUCUAAUGUACUGUAUCUUUAUCAGUGAAAAGUAAAAUCUCAAAUAAUAAGUACAAACAUUGAACAAUUACCUAUAAAGAUUUGUAAAAGUAAAAUUUUUCCAAUAGAUUUCAUUCUUGUCAUUUUGUAAGACGACCCUGCAGUCCACCUGUUUGUAACUUUUUUAAUAAAAUAGACAUCUGUA